AUCAUCAAGUUUCCUGUGACAGACCUGUCUGAGCUCUGCUGAACACUGCUGAACAUGACCCAGCCCAAUGUGAGCCUGGUGACUGCCAACCUCAGCGGGGCCCGGGCCAGGGCCGGAAGCGACGACCUGGGGUAUGGAGCAGGGAAUUUCUACCGUCCGUUCUCAGUGUUCAGCGUGCUAACUCUCACCCUGCUAGCCAUGCUGGUGGUGGCCACCUUCGUGUGGAACCUCCUAGUUCUCCUCACCAUCCUGAGGGUGCGUACCUUCCACCGCGUGCCCCACAACCUGGUGGCCUCCAUGGCCAUCUCGGACGUGAUGGUGGCCGCCCUGGUCAUGCCCCUGAGCCUGGUGCACGAGCUCAACGGGAGGCUGUGGAAGCUGGGCCGCGUGCUCUGCCAGGUAUGGAUCUCCUUCGACGUGCUCUGCUGCACGGCCAGCAUCUGGAACGUGACGGCCAUCGCCCUGGACCGCUACUGGUCCAUCACCAGACACUUGGAGUACACGCUCAAGACCCGCAAGAGGAUCUCCAAUGUGAUGAUUGCGCUUACCUGGCUGUUGUCCUCCGUCAUCUCCCUGUCGCCGCUGUUCGGCUGGGGGGAGACCUACUCGGAGGAGGGCAUGGAGUGCCAGGUGAGCCAGGAGCCCUCCUACACUAUCUUCUCCACCUUCGGAGCGUUCUACCUGCCGCUGUGCGUGGUGCUCUUCGUCUACUGGAAGAUCUACAAGGCUGCCAAGUUCCGUAUCGGCUCGUGCAAAACCAACACCAUCACGCCUAUGGCUGAGGUGAUUGAGGUGAAGGAAACGUCGCGGCAGCCCCAGAUGGUGUUCACAGUGCGCCACGCCACUGUGACCUUCCAGACGGACGGCGACACGUGGCGCGAGCAGAAGGAGAAGAAGGCGGCGCUGAUGGUGGGCAUCCUGAUCGGAGUCUUCGUCCUCUGCUGGAUCCCCUUCUUCCUCACGGAGCUCAUCAUCCCGCUGUGCCACUGCGACAUCCCGCCCAUCUGGAAGAGCAUCUUCCUGUGGCUGGGCUACUCCAACUCCUUCUUCAACCCGCUUAUCUACACCGCCUUUAACAAGAACUACAACAACGCCCUUAGGAACCUGUUCUCCCGUCAACGCUGAGGCUGAGGGCUAAAGGCUGAGGGCUAAAGGGUGAGGGCUAAAUGACAAUGAGGGCUAAAGGACAAAACAGAUCAUGCCAAAUAGCGGUUAAAAUCAGAGGGUGGCCGUUCAAUUGUCUCUGACCACAGAACAUUGGCCAUCAUUUUCUGUUCAUUUAAAUCUAAGGCUGAGGCUGGGGAUAAGGCAGAGGCGGAGAAUGGGGGCUGUCUUGAAAAAACACACCAUCACAUGAUCAAAUUGAUGUCACAGGAAUGGUGUUGAGGGGGGUAACUUUCCUUAGAUACACCAUAGACUGAAAACAAAAUAAAUAUGGUGAUCUCAUAAACCAUAGGACUCAACUACAAACCAUGGCCAGCUAGCACAUUUGGUUCCUUGGAAGUUUUGGGAACGUACAUCUUUGGUUUCCCAUUGGUUCUGGGA